UCCAACAGCUCUCCUCUUUGAAGAACAGGAAAAAAAAAUCAAAAUUUGUUUGUUAUAGAUCUGUCGAAGUUCUUGUGUGUUUCUCAGUCUUGUUCCAACGUUCUAUGCGAUGAGUGACUCUUUUGAAGCAUGUUUCCAACAAUUUCUCUGAGUCCUACAAUAACACACUAAACACUGCCCGAGAGAUGCCAUUGGUCGAGAUGUUGGAGACAGUUAGAAGGCAAGCCAUGAUUCGUAUGGAUAUGAGGAAGACUAAUGCAUUUAAGUGGCAAGGAAAAUACAGUGAAAAGGUAUCUAACGCCAUCAAGGCCGAGAAGAAGUAUAUGAUUGACUGUCGAGUGAUACCAAGUGGUAAUGGUAUUUAUGAAGUCGGAGAGAAUAAUCAUGCUCAUACGGUUAAUAUGGUUGAGAAGACUUGCGUUUGUAGAAGGUGGAGCAUGACAGGUAUUCCUUGUCGACAUGCUUUGAGGGUUAUAGUAAAGAAAAAGCUUGAUCCUUUGGAUUAUGUCUCCCAUUGGUACUUGACAUCGACAUGGAGGAAGCAAUACAGUGAUCCAAUCCGCCCGGUUAACGGAAUUAACUUUUGGAGAUCAUCUGGUGAGAACACCAUUGAACCACCACCUAGAGAUGUUCCACAACCAACAAAGAAGGAAAAAAAGAGAUUUAAAGGUAAGAAUGAGUCCCCAAAGAAGAAAAAAAAAGGAAAGGGAUUAGAAGCAGAAAAGGAAAAGAGGAUUAAACUGACUAUUGAAGGAAGAACCUCAACUUGUGGAAGAUGUGGACACGGAGGGCAUAACAGUAGGAAAUGUCCUAAUCAUGGCUGUCCCGUUUUUAGGCCAAGGAAACCACCUUCUGAAGGACCAAGCCAAUCAUCACAAAAUUCGAAUCUUGGUGGAGGGUAAAAACAGCUUUUGGUGUAUUUAAAAGGAGCACAUAAACAGCUUUUGGUGUGUUUUGAAGGAACAUAGACGCAACUUGAUGAUUGUUUUGUUGCUGUCUGUAGACUAUUUUGUUAGUGAUUUAUUUUUGGUAUUGGAGUUGUCACUCCAUCGUGUUUUGUAUGACUUUUGAAUCGGCUGUUUCUGA